AGUGGCCAUUGGGAGCACAAGGUAAAGUAUGUGUUUCUAAUAAAGUGGCCAGUGAGUGAAAGUACAAGGUAGAGUAGGUGUUUCCAAUAAAGUGGCCAGUGAGUGAAAGCAGAAGGUAAAGCAGGUGUUUCUAAUAAAGUGGCCAGUGAGUGGAAGGAUAAGGUAAAUAGGUGUUUCCAAUAAAGUGGCCAGUGGGAGCACAAGGUAAAGUAUGUGUUUCUAAUAAAGUGGCCAGUGAUAGGAAGGAUAAGGUAAAGUAGGUGUUUCUAAUAAAGUGGCCAGUAAACAGAGUUGAGAAUCUGUACUGUACGUAUGAUGUAAUGUUGGUUAACCAGUUUUAAAAGGAAUGUUGCAUAAUGCUGCUUCCUGUUUCUGUACAUCACUCUGUUUAAGUUUCUGUUUCUCAGAAGACGAUCUGCUUUAUUGCACAGAGCAUCAGUCCUCAGUUAUCACUUUCAUCCAGCAUCUUCGACACACUCUUCCACACUCCGAGCAAACUCACUACGAGCUGAACUAUGGUGAGAAAUCAGACCCUAACCACUGUCCCGGAUCUUGUGGACUCUGGGUUUGGGCGGCCGCCCCCCCGACACGGACUCAACCUCCUGUACUGGUUUGUGACCCAAUGUUUGCAAUUCGGCUACAACCAGAUAACCGUUCUCUGCACUCCGUCUACAGGAGUCUACGGCUUCAGACUUUUCCAUAAUAGAGAAAUGAUUCUUCCUGUUACCAACCUGCCCUACUAUGAAGUUGGCAACCUGCACCAUUAUGCAGCCAAAGACCUGCCUGAUUAUGUGAGGAGAGAAUACACCGGUAACCUAGACGACAGCAACACCGACCGUAUCAUCAUCUGCAUCAACGGCUCAAGACUGGAGAACCUCUACGUCACACGACACAAAGGCCAGUGGAAAUUCAACUCAAACCAAACCUUCUGCAUCAGUCCAGAACUACUGAAAACCAUCAAGAGCCUGACACGAGAUAAUUUCCUCAGACAAACAACCUCCCGUUACAUCACCAUUCCUGAGAGCACCAGAGAGACGCCCCAGAGAGACGUCCCAGAGAGACGUCCCAGACAGACGCCCACCAUGCAGAAUAGCCAGCCAUCCCAAAACUGCAAGUGCUGCAGCGGCUGGUGUUGCUGCAUCGCAGUGUUUAUUUUAAUGAUUGUGAUUUCUUUAACCAUCUUCCUGCUAACUAAAUAUCUAAAAUAGAAACAGCAGAAUCUUCAAACCUUAACCUAAUGCUUCUAUUGAUCAUCUGUCUGAAGCCUGAAGCCCAACAUCUGUUUCUGCUUGUUUUAAUUCCCACGUUUAAAAAUAAAAAUAACUUUUAAAUCA